UCAGUUCCUGUUUUCAUUCUCAUAUGACAGUCUUCCGUGGAAGCACUCUAAGGUGAUUUGUUGCGGGUCGUUGGGCCAUUAGCUAAACGAAACUAGGAGGACCUGCCCAAAAGAACUUUCUUUGUGCCACGUCAGGACAUUCAAAGUGAUAUGACAGUCACCGAAGUACGACAGCAGGGACGAAAUAAACGGUUCUUAUAACGUUAGUUUCCAUUCUUUGACUGCAUGCUGUAUGAACUUCAUCCGACGGAGAAAAACAAAAGCAAGUACAUCAUCAUAGCUAGCAAGCUAGCUAGCAACAGUUCCUGAGAGCACAUAUCUGUGCAUUGCCGGAUAUACGAGCGACUACAUAUAUAUUUGAAUAGAUAUAAGUUACAAUGGAGAGUCAAUAUAAUCUCAAGAGUCCCGCCGUGAAGAGGCUGAUGAAGGAGGCGGCCGAGCUAAGGGAUCCCACGGAGCAUUACCAUGCCCAGCCACUAGAGGACAAUCUGUUUGAGUGGCACUUUUCUGUGCGAGGUCCACCUGACUCGCACUUCGACGGAGGGGUGUACCACGGGAGGAUCGUGCUGCCACCGGAGUACCCGAUGAAGCCCCCGAGCAUCAUCCUGCUCACUCCCAACGGGAGAUUUGAAGUGGGAAAGAAGAUUUGCCUGAGCAUAUCUGGCCACCACCCUGAGACCUGGCAACCCUCUUGGAGCAUCAGGACAGCGCUAAUAGCCAUCAUCGGAUUCAUGCCAACCAAAGGCGAGGGGGCGAUAGGAUCCCUUGAUUACACUCCAGAAGAGAGAAGAGCUCUUGCCAAAAAGUCCCAGGAUUUCUGCUGCGAGGCGUGUGGGUGCACCAUGCGGACUGCCCUGAUGGCCCCCACCUCCGGCAGCCACCCCAGCCAGGCGGACCGCGAGGCCAAAGAGCUCGCCCGACAGAUAAGCUUCAAUGCCGCUGCCCGCCGCAUUGCAGAUCACUCAAGUGCGGAGUCCAGCACGUCUAGUAAAGCCGGCCCGAGCCAAGGGGCCGGAAACGAUACUCCGAUGGACACAGACCCCCAAGCGGAGGCAUCUACCUCAGAGGACCAGGACAGCGUGGAAACAGCCCAGACUGAGCAGGGGGAAGCGUCCCCGGCCCCCAGCACGGAGGACGUGGCCCCCCCAGGCCCCAGCAGCCGGCCCCUGAGCCCCCGGCAGCGCCGCGCCCAGCAGCCCCGCCGCCCGGCCUUCCCGCCGUUCCCCGCCGCGCCUCACCCCCCGCAAGACCCCGGCCACACGGGCUCCGCCGUGCUCAUCGUGCUGCUCACCCUCGCCCUGGCCGCCCUCAUCUUCCGCCGCAUAUACCUGGCCAACGAGUACAAAUUCGACUACGAGCUGUGAUGGCGUGCGGAGUCCGACCGCCCCCCACCGACCUCCCUCCCCGUCUCACAAAGCCUCUUUACCCACGGAGAGAACUGCCAGCCAGUAGCCGCCCUGGAACUAGACUGCUGGGCUUUGAGCCAAGUUUUUACCAGGGCUAGGCCACUGUCACUCUAAACUUACUGGUGAAAAUGUAUAAUGCUGGAGAUCAUGGUUGAGCAGGAGGAAAAACCUGCAGUGUGAGUGUUGCUAUAGUAAUACAUUUUUAAACAGCUGCAGUCAAUCUUGCUCCAAACCCUGCUUAAACGACAAACAAAAAACAGUCUUGGCUUCAUAUUCUCUUAAUCUGUAUUGUGUCUUUAAACCAUGAAGAAAUACCUGCAUCAAAAUAUUUUGCUGAAUAUGGCUGUAGUGUACACAAACUAAACAACAAAGGUGUUUGAAUUGUAGAAGGGUGAGAGUUAUAUUUUGUUUUAUGCUCUGUAAUCAACAGAAUAGAAAUUUGUACUUUCCCAUGUGAACCUUAAACGGGCAUUGGAAACAAUAAGCAGCAUGGGUUAUCAAUACAAGGUGUCUUGUCGCCUGUAUUUUUCACUGUACUUAUUAGAAGCCUUAAUUGUUGUGUUAUAAAAGGUUGGAUUUCCUGUUGAUUUCAAACGCAUACAGUAGGGAGAGUAGCUGAUGAGCCUUGAUCCAGUGUAUUUAUUUUUUUCUGAACUGUAGCUGAGGAUUUCAAUACGAUGACAAAGGGAAGAAUAAUGUUCUGCAUAAGCAUACCUCAAAUAUGCAUUACUGCCAGUGAUCAGCAGAUGUGUGGGGACUGAUUGACAAAAGAAAAAGGCAAGCUCAUUUCUAGCCCUGUUACAAUGAGGACCAUACCACAUGUCACGCCUUGACAAGUUAUGUUAACGUGAGAAUGUCGGUGGGUGAGGGGGUGUUACCUGAUAUAAAAUCGGAAAAGGCAACUUUUAAUCUUUAAAUUUAAACCAUUGCGGAUUAUAACUAUUAAAACUGGUGUUUCACUUCUGAGUAAAAAGCCACUGGUUUGCAAAUAGGUUUAAUGUGCCUGUCCAUGCCACCUGCAGAUAACUGCUGGAGGCUUUGUCAUGAUUGUUCCAGUCUGUUUGUGAUGAGCAUGACCUGAUGUUUUCUGGCAAGUUAGGCUACCCUUCUCACAUGGAUAAUGUUAACUGCUGCCCUCAGUAUUGUCAUUAGUUUCAGUGAAAACUGACAGGAUUAGCAAUGGCUUCAUCGAAUCUUACAGCUGUAAACACACACACGCACACACACACACACACACACACACACACACACACACACACACACACACACACACACACACACAGAGUACUUUCUAUGCUUAUAGUGUGCUCUCAAUCACAGACCUGAAGUAAACACUGACAGUUGCCAUUGCUAAUAGGUCUUAGACACACACUUUCUUUUCUGUGCACAGUGACAUGCAUAAAUAAGGCAUAUAAACAGAAGUAUAAGCACCACAUGUUGUUUUAUUGAUAUACCCUAUUUUUGUCCAUUGCAGGAAUGGAUAAAAUGGCGCCAUGUAACAUUCCAUUGUUUUAGUGUGUUAGGCUGAAAUUAAAAUAACUGCAACAA